CAGACGUUGAUGUGAACGGACGACUAUAGUCGGUUUCAUUCACAAGUGCCGAGGCAUAUGAGCACUUACUAACUUUUAUUUCAUAUAGCUUUACAUUAUACAAAAACCCCAGGUUGUUUGAACAAGAUAAAGAAACAAUUUUUUUUAAUAAAUAAAGUGUUAAUCACAGAGCUACAAAAAAAAAUGAGUGUAAAAUAAAGUAAAGUCAUGAACAGAUUUACAUUGUGUGUGAAGAAAUUAAAGAGGAAAUAAGUGAAUAAUAUUGUGAUUCAGAACAGAGAAAUAUUAGAAGGCAGUAAAAGAUAAGACAAGAGAGCGAAUAAAAAAAAAUAUAAUAAAAUUAUUCUAGUUAAUUGGAUUUAUUGGAGCUAAAGCGAUUCUCUAAGUGAAAUGAACGAAACUUAAUUAAGACGACAUUUAACAAAAUAAAAUAAUAAUUUAAAAUAUUUAAAAGAUAUUUUUCGCAAAAGAUUUGUUUAAAUAAAAAUAAUCAUAUAUGGUUGAUUCACUAUCAGCUCUUGGACGUGCUAUGGAUUUUCAAAGUGCAAUGGAGACAUUCGCUGAAGCAUGGGUUGCCGCUAAUGUGACACAGACACAAGCUUUGGCAUUGACCCGACCUAAAACACCCAAAAAAGAGCAAUCGGGAUCUCCACCUGGACACAAUCGCGAACGACAAUGUGAAAGUUUAAGAAGUCCAGCAACAGCAGAUGGUCAACAUUCACAUUCGCGAUCGAGUUCGAAGACACCAAUACAUAUAAAUUCGGGUGAUGGAAGUGAAAAUCCAAAUAUAGCAGGUGAUAUGAAUUCAUCGUUGUCCAGUUCAAAAUUUACAUCAACACCCGUACCGUCAAAUGAGAAAUUGAAUCAUCAUAUUGGCGAUAAUCCACAUAAUAAUGGAAUGAAUAAUAAUCAUAAUCAGCAAUUCCCGAGUCACAUUAAUGGUCCAGAGAAAAUUCUGCCGUCACCAUCCGUUGAGAGGAAGGACUUUGAUGUGUCAAAAAUGAACUCAAAAUCAUUGCCACUUCAUUGUGUCGUUGAAUCAGUUCCAUCACUGCAAGCAUCAUUCCAAGUAGACGCACGCAGUCCAUGGAGACGACGACCAAACAUUGAGAUGGAUAGCUAUAUUAUAAUUCCAGCAACAACACCCUUUUGUGAUAUUGUGACCAUCGCAUUACAACGACUUGGAUAUUCGUCUGACAUUUCAAAUACAGCUAAAGGAGCAAUAAUAAUCAAAAACUGGAAGCCACUUCCACUCGAUAAAAUCACCGACAACACAUUAAUAUCAGUCAGUGAGAUUCUUGGCGAAUUAACAUCGAGUGUGACAUUAAAAAUUACAAUAAUACGUACAAAACCCACACAGCUGGCUGAAAUAAAAGACAAACUGUUGAAAUUGUUGAUCCUACAAUCCCACACUGUAUUGCGAUCGAGUGGAUGUCCAUUAGAUGAGAUUACAUUAUCACAGAUAUGCCGUAGCCCAUUGCAAAAUAAUUUUCCAUUUCCUGAGAUUUCCGAUGAGAUUCGAAGGAAGUUUGAUCAAUGGUGGGCUAGUCAACUGACACCGCAGGCUAAUCCAAUUGCACAUAAAAUUUUGCCAUUCAUAAAUCCACAAGCAGCUGAGUUGGACUUUGCAGCACCAAAUUUACACAACUUACAGCAAUCGAGAGAAUCAUUGAUUGAAAAUCAUCAUCAAACACAUCCAGGAAUGUUGGUUCAUCCAGCAUUACAAACCGUACAUUCACAAUAUCCAAAUCAAAAGACACGAAUGCGAACGAGUUUUGAUCCAGAAAUGGAACUACCGAAAUUACAGCGUUGGUUUCAAGAGAAUCCACACCCGUCACGUCAACAAAUCCAAGCAUAUGUCGUACAAUUAAAUUCACUCGAGUCACGACGUGGUCGCAAACCACUUGAUGUCAAUAAUGUCGUUUAUUGGUUCAAAAAUGCACGUGCAGCACAAAAGCGAGCUGAAAAUCGUGGAAGUGUUCAUAAUUUGAGUAAUGGCUAUAAUACACCAACUGGGCUAAUGAUGCCACAACAUCCAGAUUACAUGAAGAGCUCGCCAAGUGCACCAUCCGAAGAUAUUGAUAAUAUUUCACAACAUUCUGAUGACAUGGAUGAUGAUGAUCGUCCAAUGUCACCACAACUUCCAUUACAAUUGACUGUACACGAGAGACAUCGUUCGUCCUCAUCACCGCCACACAUUGAAUGUGAGACGAGAAUUAAAUUAGAAGAUGAAAAGACAAUGAGUCCGAUGAGGAAGGCAAAUAGUGGCGAUGAGGAUGAGACAAAACACAGCAACAGCAAUCGAAUGGAAAUUAGUGGCGUUAUGGGAGGCAAAAUGUCCGAUGACAAUGGAAAUGAAAAUGUUCAAAAUUUUAGCAAUAAAGCGAGCAGCAACAACAACAAUGAUGAUUCUGUUAAAUCAAAUAAUUCAAUUGAUCAUAGUUCAAACUCACCGCAACCUCGCUCACCAUCACCAUCGGAAGACUUGGAUAUUGAUGACCCGGAAAUGUCACAAAUGGACGAAUACCGUUCACCAUCGCCAUUGGACUCAAAACGUGAUUUAUUGUUGCCAAUGAUGAAUCCAAACAAUAUGUUUUCGGCACAUUCAAUUAUGUACAUGAGUCAUUACAUUCCAGCUAUGCAAAAUGCCCACCAAUCAAUGCAUGGACAAAGUCCAUCGUUGAAUACAUCAGGCUUAAAUUUAUCAAACUCAUUCAACAGCAGCGAUGAGAGACGUAAGCGCAAUCGAACCUUUAUUGAUCCCGUAACGGAAGUUCCUAAAUUGGAACAAUGGUUCUCGAUGAAUACACAUCCAUCACAUAAUUUGAUUCUGAAAUAUACGGAAGAUUUAAACCGGAUGCCAUAUAGGCAAAAGUUUCCACGUCUCGAGAGUAAAAAUGUGCAAUUCUGGUUCAAAAAUCGUCGUGCAAAAUGCAAACGCUUAAAAAUGUCCCUCUACGACUCACCAUCGCAAUUGUCCGGUCUUAAUCCAUUCCAUAGCAGUUCUGAUCGCGAAUAAUAUUUAAUGAACAAUUUUAAUCAAUUUUAUCAGCCUAAGCAAAAGUAUGGAAGUGAGACUCCAUGAAACAAGGAAGAUUUUGCUUCCGGCAUGCAACAUGAUAUGACAGCUAGACACCAAUAAGGAUGCAUGACUGAUAAAAAUUGAUUGAAAUUGACUUGUUUAUUAAUUGUUCAAUUCUUUUUUAUACGUAUUAAAAGUAAUUACUACUACACAGUUUAUUGUGGGUGAUUUAGAUUAUUAAGAUGUUCACGCUGAAUUAUAUUUUUUAAAGUUUUUAGUUUUUGACACCUCAGUUGACUUUUAGAUAAUUUUUUCCUGUUUUUUUUUUUACUAUCACGUUGAUUUUUUAUACUUUUUUCUUGGAGUUAAAGUUGAUGAAAAACUCUAAAUCACGAAUAAUUUUAUUUCAAGUUUUUCGGUAGCUAGAUUCAAGAUGCAACUGAAUUUUUUUUGAAUAUUUGAAAUUUUUGAACUUAAUUCUGCAAAAUUUUAUGUUUAAAAAUUUUUGAACUUAAGUCUUCAAAAUUUUAAUUUUAAGGUUUGAAAAUUUUUCCAAUCUUUUUUUAAUUUUUGAAAGCUUUUGAAUUUUUUUCAAAUUUUUAAAAUUUUUUGAAAUUAAAAAAAAUUAAAGUUUUCAAAAGGUAAGUUUGCUUUCGAAUAUUUUGAAAACUUGACAUUUUUGACAAACUUGAAAUUUUACUUUU